CCCCUCACGGAAGGACCGCCCGCUGCCGCUGUCUCUGCUGAGGGGGUGUCUCCUCCCCGCAACCCGGCGGCGGAGCCAUGGAGUCCCGCCCACUGCCGCUGGCGCAGCGUUACGAGGCCGACUGGGCUCCUCCUCUUCUCUUCCCCACCGCCGGAAUGCCGAAGCUCAGCAAGGAGGCCAAGCAGCGGCUACAGCAGCUCUUCAGGGGCGGCCAGUUCGCCAUCCGCUGGGGCUUCAUCCCUGUCGUGCUCUACCUAGGUUUUAAGAGAGGUGCAGAUCCUGGAAUGCCUGAGCCAAAUAUUUGGAGUCUACUCUGGGGAUGAAGAAUAUGGCAAUCCUGUUCUAGAACCAGCCGAUGGACAGAGAAAGUGUCUGAAGAUACGUACAUUCCGGAGGAUGAGGCGGACACUUACACCAGUUGGUUCAAUCAACUUGCUAAUGACAUGGGUUGUACAUACAGCAAAAUGGAGUUUAUAUGGACCUAACUUAUUUGCAUUAAAGUGUAAUUAAAUAAAUACAAUUUGAAUGGA